CAGUAGUUGCCACCAUCAAAAUCUUUAAAAAAAAUAAAAAUAUCUCCUUGAGAAUAUGGAGAAAACUAAUGGAGAAGUACUCUACUUUCUUCUCUCCCUCUUACUCUCCAUCUUCCUUUUCCUCCCCAUCUCUGAAUGUGGCCGCGCUCAGGCAAUGUUCAUCUUUGGCGAUUCUCUCAUCGAUAAUGGCAACAACAACUUCAUCCCAACCAUUGCGAAAGCAAACUACUUGCCUUAUGGCAUUGAUUAUGGCUUCCCCACUGGCAGAUUCUGCAAUGGCCUCACUGUCACUGACUACGGAGCAAAGCUAUUAGGUCUGCCAUUCCCAGUGCCAUAUUUGAGUUUACAGUCGAAGACAACUCAGAUAUUACAAGGGGUUAACUAUGCAUCAGCUGCUGCCGGCAUUCUCGAUGCCACCGGCAGGCAUUAUGGUGGGAGGAUAUCAUUCAAUGGCCAAAUUGCUUUGUUUGAGAAGACUGUCACUACGCAGUUGCCUUUUCUGAUACCAAACCUCAUAAAAUUGUCAGAUUAUCUUUCGAGCUCGGUCUUCGUCAUAAAUAUUGGUAGCAAUGAUUAUAUCAACAACUAUCUUCUUCCCAAUCUUUAUUCCACCAGCAGGGAAUACACAGCAGAUGCCUUCGCUGAUCUUCUCAUCAGCAAUUUUGAGCGUCAAUUGAAGAGCUUAUACAUGCUUGGAGUCAGGAAGAUGCUUCUGGUUGGAAUUGGACCGCUUGGGUGCAUUCCAAGCCAGCUCUAUCAGCACAACAGCACCGACGGUAGCUGCAUUGAGAUUGUGAACAAGCAGGUCUCUUUGUUCAACGAACGGCUCGUACCUCUUCUACUUAAGCUCAAUUCAACGCUACAAGGAUCGUUCUUUGUGUAUGAGAACAUCUAUGACACAUUCGUUGAUCUGGUUCAGAAUCCUGCUAGCUAUGGAUUUAAGGAGAAGAACCAGGCUUGUUGUGGGAGUGGGAAGUAUGGUGGACAGUUAAGUUGCUUGCCACUUCAGGUUCCAUGCGCAGAGAGGGAUGCAUUCAUAUUUUGGGAUUCUUUCCACCCAACACAGGCUGCAAAUAAGAUAGUUGCAGAGCGCUGUUACAGUCCUUUAGCUACUGAUUGCCUGCCUAUCAGUGGCUACAUGCUUGCACAGUUAUAGGAAAUGCCUUCAUUGAUCAUUUGAAAUCAUAAAGAGGGAGCUUGUUCUAUGUUCCUCUCAUUAACAGUAUAAUAACCACAUAAUCAUUUGAAGUUGAAAAUUUUAAUGGAGUAAGGGUGGUGUUAGUGACAGAUGAAUAAUGGUUGUUGUUAGAGAGGGUUCUUUUUCUUUAACGAAAGUAAUAAAUUUGAGCAAAUGUUAUGUUUGUGUUAGCUUUUUUAGUUUUUAA